AACAAAACCAUGCUGAAGCACCACCACCACCACCACCAUUUCAGAAACCAGUGCAAGCCGCCAUCCCCACCACCCUCCCCCGCCAUCCCCACCGUCGUAGCAAUGUCGUCACCACCCCAUCUUUCCGAAAACACCCCUACAGUCUUAUCAAAUUACCCAAUACCACUCUCACCUCAACUUCCCGCAAUCUCAAAGCAAAUCGAACUCAACAGAGCCACAAUCGCUACUUCAAACUCCGAACUCUUCUCUCUGGCACAAACCCACAUCAUUUACGAAGAUGAAUAUCUUCUCGCAGUUAACAAACCGCAAGGAAUCUACUGCGACAAUGUCCUCACCUCGCUUCAAUCACAAAGCACCGUUGGAUCAGAGCUUCAUCUCGCGAAUCGACUCGAUCGGGAUACGAGUGGUGUAAUGCUUAUAACGAAGUCGCACAAGAUAGCUUCAAAGCUUGUUAAAGCUUUCACUGAUCGUGAAGUGAAGAAAACGUAUAUUGCUUUUUGCACCGGUCGUGUUCCUGAUUGGAAAACGAUUACUGUUAAAUCCGGUCACGGAAGAUCGAAAUUUGGUGCGUGGAGAGUGUAUGGUUUUUCUGAUUCCGGUCGUGGGUUACCGGGUGGAUCGGUUGUUCGUGAAAUGGAAACUUCGUUUGAGUUUUUAUCAGUUAACGGAAAAGGGGGUUUUAGGGAGGUGACGGAGUUAGGGUUCGAAGAAGGGAAUGUGGUGGUUGUUGAAGAAAAAGCUGUGAAAAUGGAAGGUGAUGAUGAGAAUGAGAUUGUUGUGAGAGCUUAUCCUAGGAGUGGAAGAACACAUCAGAUUCGAUUGCAUUGUCAAUAUUUAGGGAUUUCGAUAAUCGGGGAUGUAAAAUAUGAGGGGGUGUAUGAAUGGAAAGGUAGGGUUUAUGAUGGUCAUCAUCUUCAUGCGGAGACAUUGUCGUUUGAUCAUCCUGUUACGGGUGUUCGUGUUAUGUUUCGUGCACCUCUUCCGCAGUGGGCGAACCAGGCGCUGCAAUUGUAACCUUAAUGCGUGUAGAAUCAGUGUUCUAGGUAGAUGAUGAUAGCCUGCAAUUUUGUGAGGUUCUUGCUAGCUUAUUUUGUUUCAAGAAUUUGUUAUCUUACAUUUUGGUUUUGAAUUGUACAUGAUAGCUUUGCAUCUGUUUGCACAAUUAAUGUCAUUUAUGUUUGAUAUUGUUCAGUAAAAGAAAAGUUUGAUAUUAUAAACAAAGUUGGCAAUGAUUGCUAUUGGGGAUU